AUGCUUUCUUUCUUCUCACAAUUCUCACCACUUCCUUUGCUCGAUGAAAAAAAGCAAUAUGACAAAUAUACAUCCAAUGUUGAAACAUCGUCUUCGUCAUCUUCGGAGCCAGCAUUAAACCUAAUCGACAAAUCUUCUUCACUACAUCUUUAUCGACUACCAACAUUCUCAUACUCACCUCGAAGAAUAAAACGACAACAAGCAAGACACGGUGAAAAAAGCGGAACAAUAACAGCGAGUUCUUUUAGCAGCUCUUCAACAAAUUUCUCGAUUUCCAGUGAUAGUCAUUCAUCGGAGGUUGACUUACCAUCAUCGUCUUCAAUAUAUUAUGACGAUGAAAGAAUACUAAGUAGUACACCUCCAUCCUUCACCGCGCACAAUAAGGACCCGUUAGAGUAUGUGAGUUUCCCGAGUUUAGAAGAAAGUCAUCUUGAUGUUAAACAAAAGAAUAUUUGUGAAUUGGAGAUGGAAAGUUACGAUGAGAUGCUUGUUGGUGGUAUUAGAAUUUAG